AUGGCAGCCCAGACACAAAUUGCGCCUGAGCUUGCUGCUCCUGAGCUUGAUUCGAGCUACGACAAAUUUGACUACCCCACGAAAGCUGCUGUGGCUCAGGAUGGCCAUCCCGGACACUGUACCGAGGCGCAGAAGGCCCAAAUUCACCAACUGCGCAUGAUGCUCGAGGCUGAGGGCAUCACGUCCCGCCUGGACACCUUGACACUGUACGCCAGGUUCGUCGAGUUUGACAAGUGGCGCAAGGAGAUUCAUCUGGAUGCUCUCGUACCUACUUGGGAUUACAAGGAGAAGGAGCAGAUGCUCCAGUACUACCCUCAAUACUACCACAAGACUGACAUUGAUGGCCGACCCGUAUACAUCGAGCAGCUCGGUAGCAUCAACCUGACCGAAAUGCGCAAGAUCACCACCGAUGAGCGCAUGUUGGACAACCUUGCUGUCGAGUACGAGAAGUGUGCCGAUCCUAGGUUCCCCGCCGCCUCUGCCGUCAAGGGCUCGCUUGUCGAAACUUGUUGCACAAUCAUGGACCUCAAGGGCAUUAGCCUUGGCAACGCAUCUCAAGUCUACGGCUACGUCAAGCAGGCCUCUGUGAUCUCGCAGAACUAUUAUCCCGAGCGUCUUGGCAAGCUCUACAUGAUCAACGCUCCUUGGGGCUUUUCUGCCGUCUGGGGCAUGGUCAAGGGCUGGCUCGACCCUGUCACUGUCAAGAAGAUCGACAUUCUUGGCUCAAGCUACUCUAAGGAGCUCCUUAAACAGAUCCCUGCCGAAAACCUCCCCGAGAAGUUCGGUGGCAAGUGCGUUUGCAAAGAAGGCUGCCACAACAGCAACGCCGGUCCUUGGCAGGAACCUCAGUGGAAGAACAGGGCUUGGUGGGAUAAGCCUGAGGCUAAGCAGCAGGCUCUCGCGGCCCUCAAGGGCACCUCGAAGGAUCCUCAUGUCCUUGUCAACGAGGGCGGCGAGACAGUCAUUGCUCCCACCGGUGCCGCCGGCGCAAUCCCCGCCGGUACCGCCGACGCGGGCGCUCCUGCCAAGGCCACGGCUUAA